CGGGGCUGCACUGGGACUAUUUCAGACUGCGCGGAACUGGGGCCAGGACAGCGGCGGCCCGGCCAGGACGUGCAGCCUGGAGGCCUGAGCCAGGGGGAUGCUGAAGAUAAUGACCUGCUUCCAAGGCUUCUCGGGCCAUCAGUCUGUGCCAAUCACCCUCGACUUCCCCAGAAGCCCCCAAAAGUUGCCGUCCACAUCAGAGGCGGAGUCAGAGACCUCCAUGUCGGAAGCCUCCUCUGAGGACCUGGUGCUACCCCUGGAAGCUGGGGCAGCCCUAUACAGGGAGGAGGAAAAGGCAGUGAAGAAGAAGAAGUCCAAAGGCCUGGCCAAUGUAUUCAGUGUCUUCACCAAAGGGAAGAAGAAGAAGAAGGGUCUGCCCAGCUCAGCGGAGCCCGAGGGCGCGGCCGGGUCCAGGCAGGGGCUGGAUGGCCCCCUGCCCACAGUGGAGGAGCUGAAGGCGGCGCUGGAGCGCGGGCGGCUGGAGGCGGCGCGGCCGCUGUUGGCGCUGGAGCGGGAGCUGGCGGCCGCAGCCGCGGGCGGCGUGAGCGCGGAGGAGCUGGUGCGGCGGCAGAGCAAGGUGGAGGCGCUGUACGAGCUGCUGCGCGACCAAGUGCUGGGCGUCCUGCGGAGGCCGCUGGAGGCGGCGCCCGAGCGGCUGCGCCAGGCGCUGGCCGUGGUGGCCGAGCAGGAGCGCGAGGACCGGCAGGCGGCGGCGGCGGCCGGGCCGGGGACCUCGGCGCUGGCGACCACGCGCCCGCGGCGCUGGCUGCAGCUGUGGCGGCGCGGCGUGGCGGAGGCGGCCGAGGAGCGCAUGGGCGGGCGGCCGGCGGAGGGCGCCGAGGUCCCCGAGAGCGUCUUUCUGCACAUGGGCCGCACCAUGAAGGAGGACCUGGAGGCCGUGGUGGAGCGGCUGAAGCCGCUGUUCCCCGCCGAGUUCGGCGUCGUGGCGGCCUACGCCGAGAGCUACCACCAGCACUUCGCGGCCCACGUGGCCGCCACCGCGCAGUUCGAGCUGUGCGAGCGCGACACCUACAUGCUGCUGGUCUGGGUGCAGAACCUCUACCCCAAUGACAUCCUCAACAGCCCCAAGCUGGUGGGUGAGCUGCAGGGUGUGGGGCUCGGGAGUCUCCUGCCCCCCAAGCAGGUCCGGCUGCUGGAGGCUACAUUCCUGUCCAACGAGGCGGCCAAUGUGAAGGAGUUGAUGACCCGAGCGCUGGAGCUAGAGGCGCAGCGCUGGGCUCAGGACGAGCCUCCCCAGAGGCUGGAUGGCCACUGCCACAGCGAGCUGGCCAUCGACAUCAUCCAGAUCAUCUCCCAGGCCCAGGUCAAAGCCGAGAGCAUCACGCUGGACUUGGGCUCGCAGAUAAGGCAGGUGUUGCUGGUGGAGCUGCUUGUGUUCCUGAGGAGCUACCAGCACAACUUUAAUGAAUUUCUGGAGAGAGGCAAAAAGCUGAGAAGUUACAGGGCCAACGUCAUUGCCAACAUCAACAACUGCCUGUCCUUCCGGACGUCCAUGGAGCAGAAGUGGCAGGUACCCCAGGACACCCUGAGCCUCCUGCUGGGCCCCCUGGGUGAGCUCAAGAGCCACGGCUUUUCCACCCUGCUCCAGAGCCUGUGCGAGGACCUGAAGCCGCUGUUCAAGAGGUUUUCGCACACCCGCUGGGCGGUCCCCAUGGAGACCCUGGAGAAAAUCAUUGCCACUGUGGGAGUAAGGCUGCCUGAGUUCUCGGAACUGCAGGACUGUUUCCAGAAGGAGCUCGUGGAGGCCGUGCACCUGCACCUGGUGAAGGAGUACAUCAUCCAACUCAGCAAGCGGCGCCUGGUCCUCAAGACCGCGGAGCAGCAGCAGCAGCUGGCGGGGCACAUCCUGGCCAAUGCUGACGCCAUCCAGCACUUCUGCACCGAGCACGGCUCCUGUGCAACCUGGCUGCAGCCUGCUCUCCCCACACUGGCCGAGAUCAUCCGCCUGCAGGACCCCAGUGCCAUCAAGAUUGAGGUGGCCACUUAUGCCACCUGCUACCCUGACUUCAGCAAAGGCCAUCUGAGCGCCAUCCUGGCCAUCAAGGGGAAUCUAUCCAACAGUGAUGUCAAGAGCAUCCGAAGCAUCUUGGACGUCAGCACAGGAGCCCAGGAGCCCUCCAGGCCCCUAUUUUCCCUUAUAAAGGUUGGUUAGCUUUUCCUGUGGCCUGACCUGCUUGUGAGUGCCCAGCAGGCAUCCGGAACACCCCUCUAGGAGCUGUUAAGAGCAGCACUGGCUCUUGGGCCUCCUGCGCUCCGAAGCUGCUCUGCCUAGCCCUGGUGUAGGUGCAGGCCCUGGUGGCUGGAACUGGACAGACUUUGGUUUGUUUAGAAGUCCAGUGGGGGUAGGAGGCCCCAUUGUGGGCAGCCAACCAGGCAACACCAAGGACUCUUUGUAAACGAUAGCUGAUCCUGCGCGCAAGGAAAGACCCAGCAGGGAGAGUGCGGCCAGGCUCAGGGACCCCUGGCCACCUCUGUCCAGCGCCCUCCACUGUCAGCCUCAUGACUCUCCUCCCCGUGAGUGAGGCCGAGUAAGGCCGAGGGCCCUCUCCAGCUCCCUGAUGACAGUGGCCGAGCCUCACCCAUCUGUACUCUUCAGCCCGGAGCCACCCUGAGCCGGGUUCAGCAAGGCUGGAAUGGAAGACAGAACCGGAAGAGAAAGAAGGAAAAGAUGAACUCUCAUCUGGCAGGGGCUAGUGGGGUCCCAUGGCGAGUUGGGGGCACAGCCGGCAUUAGAUGUCACACCCAGACAGCCCCAACGCCCCUAUAGGCUGGCCCUGCAGUGGAGCCCUGACCUCGCUCUGCAUCCCCGCAAGGCCUCACCCAGAGGGUGUUCCCCAAGGCCUUGGUGUCCUCCACAGAAGGGCUCGGGACCUCCUGCGUCAUCUCGGGCUCCCCAUUCCCCCAGCAGGAUUAGGCCCUGGGGGUGCCUCUGUGGGCCCUGCCACCCAAAAGUCUGGCUGAGGUCUGGGCAGGGACAGGACAAAGUUGACCUUUGACCUCUGACCCUUUGGCCUCUGUUUCCUAUUGCCAUGAUAGGUUUCCACAAACUUCAUGGAUCGAAAUGAGGUCCUCCACUGCGGGUCAGAGGCUGACCGGGGGCGCAGAUCUGGGUGUCGGCAGGGCUGCGCUCCUUCUGGAGGCUCAGGGGAGAAUUCAUUUCUAGCCUUUUCAUUUUUAGAGGCUGUCGUACUUCCUGACUUCAGACCCCUCCAACUCCAGAGCCAGCUGUGGGUGGCUGAAUCCUUUUACCAUCACCUGAUCGAGGCCUCCCCUCUGCUGCCUCCCUCUACCGCUUUUUGUUUUGUUUCGUUUUGGAGACAGGGUCUUGCUAUGUUGCCCAGGCUGGAGUGCAGUAGCCUGAUCAUGGCAUCCAGGCUUACUGCAGCCUGGACCUCCCGGUGCAAGUGGUCCUCGCCUCAAUCCCCGAGUAGCUGGGACUACAGGCCCACACCCCCAAGCCCAGCUACUUACCUGUUGUAGAUACAGGGUCUCGUUCUGUUGCCUAUGCUUAUCUGGAACUCCUGGGCUCAAUCGACCCUGUAACCUUAGCCUCCUAAAGCGCUGGGAUUAUAGGUGUGAGCCACGGCGCCCAGCCUGCUCUGCCGCUUUUAAGGACGCCUGUGAUCACAUCCAGCCUACCCAGAGAACCCAGGUCAUCUUUCUAUUUUAAGGUCAGCUGAUUUGCCACCUUAGUUCCAUCUGCAACUUUAGCUCCCACUGGCUGUGUGACCUAACGUAGUCACAGGCUCUGGGGACUGUCACGUGGAGGCCGUUAUUCUGCCCACUGCAGCCUCUGUUCAUCCCCUGUCCUGCAGGGCACCUCGCUCUACCCCAGGGAAACACGAGCUCUGUUUAAGGCCCUGCUCCUCCCUGGGCCUGAAAGUUCCCUCUCAGCCGGAGAGGGGGCCCUUCAGACUCAGGCAUGACUCAGCCUCGAUGAGGCCUCUGAAGUGCUGAGUCAGGGUCCGUCCCCUUUUCCCAGGUACUCCCUUAUGAAGCUGUAGCCAGGAACCUGCUCGUAUACGUGAUGCGCAGUCUUUACAUUUGUAGGAGUUGGUGUUUUUGAUAUUGUUAAUAUAUAUAUAUUUUUUAUAGUACUGCUUUUCUAUAUGUGUGGAACAGGAUCCAGGUUUUUAUAGCUUAAUAUAAAACAAUUCAAAAUCG